CUUAGGGUACUGUGUCAGUGUGUGAUGCAAGCAACUGGUGUUAAUGGAACCUCGACGCGUCGUGCUGUGACGACAGCGAUCUCUCUUAAUUUAAAACCGGAAUCUCCGAGCGACUUCCGGGCUUCCCCUCCUUUAUAAUCUUCUCUCUCUUAAGUUUGUGUUUGUCUCGGAUAUGAGACCUCGAGUCCAGUCUCAAGUCCUUUCGAUCUGUCAUCUCCCUUAGACUCCCUAUCCCAACCACCCUACCCUCCAAGCCAACACCAUCAAGUUAUCAACACCAUGCCUCCGACUACCCUACGAGUUCUCAUCAGCGGCGGUGGAAUAGCCGGCAACGCCCUCGCCUUCUGGCUUGCCAAACAAGGCCACGACAUCACCGUCGUGGAGCGGUUCCCCUCUCUGCGUGCCACCGGCCUACAGCUCGACCUACGCGGGUGUGGCAUUGAGGUCCUCCGAAAGAUGGGCCUCGACGAUGCCUUCCGCGCCAAGGCAGCCCCGGAGCAAGGCAUGCAGAUGGUCGACAAGUCUGGCCGGCGCCGUGCCUACUUCCCGGCGAACAAUGCCGGCAGCAAGCGGACCGGGAACCUGACCUCCGAGUACGAGAUGAUGCGGGGUGAUAUGUGCCGCCUCUUUUACGACGCCGCCAUGGCAGCCAAGAGACCGCCGCAGUAUGUCUACGGGACGACGAUUGAGAGCCUCGAGCAAGCGAACGGCUCCGUUGAUGUCCGCUUCGAAAACGGCCAGACCAACACGUUCGACCUCGUCGUCGGUGCCGAUGGCCAAUGGUCACGCACACGGAGAGUCAUGCUCGGGACCAGCGCCGAAGAUCAUAUGCAACGUAUCCCGGGAUUCCACAUCGCCUACUUCACCAUCCCUUUACCGAUGCAAAAGGGGGAACAAUUCCUUGCGACCACGUACAUGGCCACUAAACGGCGCGCCAUAAUAACCAGGAGACACAGCCCGGACGAGAUCCAAGCCAUGCUGUCGUGCAAGACGGAGCCCGAGGGCCUCGAUAAGGUGCCGAGGGGUGACGUCAAGCGGGAGAAGGAGGCCAUGGCCGAGAUUUUCAAGGGGGCGGGGUGGAAAACGGAAGACGUCAUCAGGGGCAUGUGGGAAGCCGAUGACUUUUACUGCGAGCGAGUCGGUCUCGUGAAGCUGCCAUCCUGGUCGUCCGGCCACGUCACCCUAGUUGGAGACGCCGCUUACUGUCCGUCGGUUAUGUCAGGGAUGGGCACCACCUCUGCCUUUGUGGGAGCAUACAUUCUGGCUGGCGAGAUCGGGAAAUACUCUGCUGGCAGCCUCGCCAGCGAGCCAGACGGUCUUGCCACGGCAGUCAAAAACUACGAAGAAAAGUUCCGGCCUUUCAUGGAGAAGAUACAGGAAGGGAUCGCCGAGAAGGCUGACAGCCAGUGGGCUUUGUCUGGGUCGGCAUUCAGCAUCGGCUUGUUGAACUUCUUCAUCGGAGUUGCAUCCUUCCUCAAACUUAACAUGUUCAGCGUCCGGGAGAGUGUUGAGGGGUGGAGUCUUCCAGAGUACGAGGAGUUGAAGUAGCGAACCGGUGUCUGCUCCUGGGGAGGUGGUUUUAAUGUUGUGGCGGUUGUGCGAGUAGUGUAAAAUAGUGUCUUGCCCCUCAAUAUCAUCGUAAUGGCCGGUUUAUGCAAGCUGUGGGGUGUUCAUGAGUUUUACCCCCGA